AAAUAGGAGAGUUAAAAAUAAAUAACUCUCCCCAAGGCAGUACUUGUAGGAAUCUUCUCAUCAGUAAAUGAGAGUGUGUUUUUCAUUUUUAUAUUAAUUUAUAUUAGUGCUGUCAUCAAUGAAUGCAUUUGCACAGAAAAAAUAGAAGCAACUGAGAAACGAGAGGAAGAAUUGUUUUUAUGAUUAUACAACAAUCACUUAGAAAAGCCUUUUCCUUUGUAUUGCGUACUAUAUAAUUAUCGUGACAAUCAUCUGUGAACAACAAACUGGUUUUGCAGCAGCUGUGAAAAAAAGAUGACAAUGUGGCUUUUUAUACUUUUUUAUUCAUCUUUUGUAUUACAAAAAUCCGCAACUGCAAAUGAAUUAGUAACAGUGAAAGAAGUGGCAGCUGGACACUUGGCUGAGCUUCCUUGUUUAAGUAUUGAUGAGGAACAUCGUUUCAUGUUCUGGCAAUUUGGAACUAACAAUGUUAUUGGUCCAGGGAAUCCUUUAAAUGAAAAAAAAUAUAAUUAUGAAGUAUUGACUGGCCUGCUUCAAAUUAGAGGUGUGUCGACGGCAGAAUCUGGGUUUUAUAAAUGUUUUUCAAAAGGCUUAUUUGAUGAUUCUCAAUUAAAAGUUCAUUCUGUUGAAUUGAUAGUUACAAACGAUUGGGAGCAACUAUGGGAAAAUGAUUUUGAGACAAAUCUAUUACGAGGAAUGACUGCUGUUAUGGUAUUGGUGGUUGCAAUAGCUGUUGUUCUUCUAAUUAUUACUGUUAAGAGAAAAAGGAGUCAAAGAUUCUUUGAUCUGGAGGAAUCGAGAGAAAAUUCUCCAGUACGCUAUACGCCAGAUAAUACACCGGGUGUUUCAUCAGGCAUCGAAAACAUUGGAAUGGAUAAUGCUGUUUUUGACGUCGAUUUCCCUAAAGUGUUUAAACAAAUGCAAAAGUAACCAGCGAUAUCAUAAGUAGUUGUAUUAUAACACAAAAUAUUAUUAUAUUUUAUUGUUUUUCUUUAUUUUUAAAUGUAUAUUUUGCAAUAGAUUAUAUUCGAUAUCUCUCUCUUAUUAUAGAGAUAGAGAUCUCUCUCUUAUUAUUUCUAUAUUCAAAUAACAUUUAAUUAAUUUUUGCAAUAAACGUAGAAACAUCUUGUAAUAACUCUAUAUUUAUUCAAAAUAAAUAAGUUUAAACUCAA